AUGAAUACCCUGACACAGAACAUCAGCCCAAUACAGUCCACUCUGGGGCGCUUGGACCUCGAUUCCGUCGCAGCAGCAGCCGCCGCCGUAGCAGCAGGAACGGGAGCCGGUUCGUCCUCAAAACCGUGCACGACCUCCGCCUCGACGACGGCCGCACUGAUUCUCGCUGUCAGCGGGGGUGACAACAACCGUACGGCCAGCGCAACCCUCGUCGUCGACCAGACGACGACGGCCGUGCACCACCACCACCUCCAUCACCCGCAGCACACGAACGACUUCCUGUCAACGUCCCUGUCAUCGCCGCAGCAACAACAGCAGCAUCUGGAGCAGCACUCGGUGGUCCAGCAGCAGCAGCAGCAGCAGCAGCUCAAUCAGGACAAUCGACUGACCUCUGGUAGUGGUGGUGCUGGUGGCAGUAGCUCCACCGGGGGCAACAGUAAUGGCCCAGCACCAGUCUCAUCGCAAUCCAACUCACAGUCGCAAGCUCAACCAACAUCGGGCAAGCAGCAGCAGCAGCAGCAGCAGCAGCAGCAACAGCACCGGACUGGUGAUGAGCAGACCGUAUCGGAAUCGCCGGAACCAGGAACGGCCGGAGCGAUUGCAGCCACCAUUGCCAGCACAUCCAGCCUAGCCGCCCACGUCAACCCGUUUCACAGUGGCAAUGGUUCAACGGCGACAACGGCAUUAGCGAAUGAUUUCUAUCCGGAGUAUCGGAUCAGUUCCGAGUAUCGGCUCAACUCGCACCACCACCAUCACCAUCAUCACCAUCAUCCGCACCACCAUCAUCACCAUCAUCCGCAUCAUCAUCCGCGUGACCUCUGGACGGCAGCAGCAGCGGUCGCCUCACACGCCCCCGAUGCUCACCUCGAAGGUGAAGGAUGCGUGGAUGGUGGAAGCUACGGUGCGUUGCGCCAUGCUUCGAAAAACCUACGGAACGAACGUUCGGCAUUUUUCGAUUUCUCGACAACCCCGGCCACGGCUCAUCCGGCCGCCGCAGCCGCCGCCUACUGCUAUCGGCUUUCCACGCCACCCCAGCUAGUGAAACGCGAACCGAGUGACGCCGCAGCAUGGCACACGUACUCGGAACGUAUGUUCUCCGAUCCGCUCUACACCUCGCUCAAGCUGCAAACCCAGCAAUCCUCACCGCCGCAGCUCGUCCCGCAGCAUUCGAUCUUUCCGGACUCGACAUCAUCCCAUCUGGCCACGGCGGCAGCUGCGGCCGCUGCAGCCGUAUCGUUGGAAUCGCACCAGCAUUCCCUCCUGGCUGGCCACGGCACGAGUCAACCAUCAUCCGGCGGAGGCGGCGGUGGCGACGGGCAUCAUGCGUCCUCGGUCGCAGAAUCCUUUCUCCAUCAGCAGAGCACAGCGGGUGCGGGGUCCGUGGGGUACGCGUACCGCCAGACGGCGGACAUGGUGAGCUCAAGUGAAAGCGAUUACUGUAACGGAUCCGGGACCACCGGUAAUGCCGGUACGAUCGCUAGUAUCUCGACGACGACGACGAACCCAUCACCGCUGAGUGCACUUCAGGGUGGACCCGGUGCUGGGCCGUUACAUCAACGGCGUGGAUCGCUCCAGCUGUGGCAGUUUCUGGUCGCCCUGCUCGAUGAGCCAACGUCCAGCGCUGGGUGCAUUGCGUGGACCGGACGUGGCAUGGAGUUCAAGCUGGUCGAACCGGAAGAGGUGGCACGCCGGUGGGGCAUCCAGAAGAAUCGACCGGCCAUGAACUACGAUAAGUUAUCGCGCAGCCUGCGCUACUACUACGAGAAGGGCAUCAUGCAGAAGGUGGCCGGUGAGCGGUACGUGUACAAGUUCGUGUGCGAUCCGGAGGCCCUGUUUAACAUGGCUUAUGGUGGCGCGACCGCCGGUGGUGGUGCAGGAGCUGGAGCAAACCAUACUAACCACCAAUCAUGUAACGGUAUGGACGGAUCGCUCGGACACAGUCACGCCACACACCAUGGGGGAGCAUCAUCGGCUUCACCGAACCACAACUGUCACAAUCCGGCCAACGGGGUGGGCCCUCCCCUGGGUGAUCACUCGGAUGACGUCGAUCGGAAUCAUCCCUACUUUUCGGCCAGCUCUUCGGCGUACAAUCAUACCAAUUGA